AUGGCACCUCAGGCAGACCUUACUAAGAUUGCCUUGGAAGGCUUUGGCUUUGUGGAUCAAGUGUUUGGACGAAAGGGAAGGCUUCCUGCUCCACAGAGGCCACCACCACAAGGAGCUCAAAGAGACUGUCAGUAUCAAUAUCAACCACAACCACCCUAUUCAGUUGUUUAUCAGAAGGAAGACUUCAGUAAUACACUGGAGAAAAGCUUUCAACGAAGGGACUCAUCGGAGAGAUAUUAUCAGCAUCAAACAAACGAACCAUGUCAUGUUUUUGUUAAGCCUCAAGCCUCGAUAGCAAAUGAGAAGGUUAACUAUUAUCAGCAUAGGCAGCCACGAGAGGCCUAUGCUUUGGUUCAUCAUCAAGUUCAAGCCCCAGUUUCAGCACCAAAGGAGACGGUUAUGGACUGCUCUGAGGCAGCCAAAAGGUUUGGGGGGUUUCUGGUUACGGAUUAUCGUUGA